CCCUGCCUAAUCACCGUUUUUGUCCCAAUUCACACGUACAAUUUUCCAAGAUCAUGCGUUCUCAUUUCAGCCAUAAAAAGAUUCCUCUGUCUCUACUAUUGCGUAACUGCUGUUUAUACCGUCGCGUUCUCGAAGGACCCCCGCCAUUCCCGAAUGGUCCGUACCAACUUCACCUCCGGUGCUAGGUGUCAUGGCGGCCUCGAAAGUCUAGUGCGGGUUUGCACCUGUGCUGGGGCGGGCCCGGAGCCCACAACCGGAAACCCAGCGAGUCACCAUUACUUUAAGUACUGCAAAAUCUCAGCAUUGGCUCUACUGAAAAUGGUGAUGCAUGCCAGAUCAGGAGGCAACUUGGAAGUGAUGGGCUUGAUGCUGGGAAAGGUGGAUGGUGAAACCAUGAUCAUUAUGGACAGUUUUGCUUUGCCUGUAGAGGGCACUGAAACCCGAGUAAAUGCUCAGGCUGCUGCAUAUGAGUACAUGGCCGCAUACAUAGAAAAUGCCAAACAGGUCGGCCGCCUUGAAAAUGCAAUUGGCUGGUAUCAUAGCCACCCUGGCUAUGGCUGCUGGCUUUCUGGGAUUGAUGUUAGUACUCAGAUGCUCAAUCAGCAGUUCCAGGAACCAUUUGUAGCCGUGGUAAUUGACCCAACAAGAACAAUAUCUGCAGGGAAAGUGAAUCUUGGAGCCUUUAGGACAUACCCAAAGGGCUACAAGCCUCCUGAUGAAGGACCUUCUGAGUACCAGACUAUCCCACUUAAUAAAAUAGAAGACUUUGGUGUACACUGCAAACAAUAUUAUGCCUUAGAAGUCUCAUAUUUCAAAUCCUCUUUGGAUCGCAAAUUGCUUGAGCUUUUGUGGAAUAAAUACUGGGUGAAUACGCUGAGUUCCUCUAGCUUGCUUACUAAUGCAGACUAUACCACCGGUCAGGUCUUUGAUUUGUCUGAAAAAUUAGAACAGUCAGAAGCCCAGCUGGGACGAGGGAGUUUCAUGUUGGGUCUAGAAACACAUGACCGAAAGUCAGAAGACAAACUUGCCAAAGCUACACGAGACAGCUGUAAAACUACCAUAGAAGCUAUCCAUGGAUUGAUGUCUCAGGUUAUUAAGGAUAAACUGUUUAAUCAAAUUAACAUCUCUUAAAAAAUCACUAAGUAGUACUUUUGCCUGAAAGCCAGUAUGAGAAAAAUACUCAAGUAACACUUUGAAACCAGUUACCAAAAAUCUGAUUAGAGGAAUAAGGUGCUCUGAAGUAUCCUAAAUAUUAACAUUCUAUAAUAAAAUUCUUUAAAAUAAAAUGGUUCUUUCAUUGUUUUGUGGGAGGGUUACAUUAUUUUUCUAGUAUCCUUUAAUGUUCUUAAAUAUGAGAGAAAGAAAUAUUGUUAGAACCUUUCUGUUUUUUAAAGUCUUGCCUAUAUAAAUUAGUCAAAAGAUUGCAGCAUUUCACUGCAUAUUAUCAGAGCCACUUUUCAAUUUGCCUAAACCUUCUUUUGAUAGUCUGUUAGUAAAAAUACAAUUUAAUGUAACAUUUUUAUGUUCCUGUGAAACACUGUCACACCAUAAAUUAUUUUCCUGAAAAUCAAAUAACUUAAAUUUGAGACAGAGCCUAGCACAGGUAUCUAGUCAUUCAAAUAUUCACCAAGUGCCUUUACUGUACCAGGCCUGGUUUUACUCUCGAGAUAUUCUGAACAAGACAGACCUGGCCACUGUCCUCACAGAACUUCCAGUGGUGGUUAAGUUAACAAGAACCUAAGUAUACUGCUGUGAAGGGAGAAAUAAAGUGUGCUGGGGAACUCUCAGGAGGAACACUUACCCCAGAGAGGAGUUACCCAGGUAGGCUUCCUGAAGCAAGUGACCUGACGUUAAGCUGAAAUUUGAAAGAUAGGAGGACUAGCCAGAAAAAGCGUUAAGAGAAGCUAUUACUUUCUAAACAAAGAGUACAGCGAUAUGUGGAAGGCCUGAGGCAGAGAGCAAGAACUUAGAACCUUCAAGAACUGAGAUUCAUUUAGAUCUGAGAGUGUUGAGUAGUACAUGGGGAGAGACAAGAGAUGACUUUAUUCAUUAAGAUGAGCAUAGAUUCUGCAGGGGCCUUUUGGACUUUAUCCUAACAGCAAUAGGAAGUUAAAAGAGUUUUAAACAACAGAAAUGUACUAGACGGAUAUUUCUAAGAGCACUCUGUUAAGAAAGCUGUGGUCGAGGGCUGGAUGAGAUCAGAUGAGAUGCUUUGUGGAAAUAAAGACUGAGAAGAGGGCCCAAGAUAUGGCAAACAUCAAAUUUAAAAUGGUCAGAGGAAGGGGAGACCACAAGAGGUGACUUCACAUGUGGCCCAGAGGUCAAGGAAAACAAAGUCUAAAAGUUUCUGAUUAGAUUUAGCAAGGAGGGGUCUUUGGUAAGAUGAGGAUGCCAGUUAACAUUAGUAUCCAAAUACUUUCUCAGACAGUUGAUGAUAUAGUAGCGUUUUUGGUCUCAUUUUAUAUCCCUUUAAAUAAAAGCAGGCAUCCCAAUUUCAGAUGGCUCAACCUCACCUCCAUUUUUAGGCCUUUUUAAAAAAAAAAUCAUGACUGCCUCCAGUGAGCAGCUAAAAGCUGUGUUUACUGCCACAGCCUUCAGUGAUACCAGCUCAUACCGAGCCAUUCAAUUAGGAACAAUAACAAGCUCACUGAGGUUUCUCUGACAGACAUGAUUGAAGGAUUGAAGUUUUGACAUGAAAGAGUGAGUCAUUGAAGUUACCAUGAAAACAUACUAGCAGUUUUCAUUCCAAGACUUGACUGUUAUCCACAUUUAAUUUGACAUUGGUGAUCUAAUCAAUUAAGAUAUCUUGGUGUGAUGGAAAAUGCCUAUGCUAACAACAGGGAAUUGCCAGAAAAAGAAAACUUGUCAGUCCUAACUUCACUGGACUCAGUAUUUCGGUUAUGAUGCCUUGGUUGCAAGUAAUGACAAAAAAAAACAGUUGCUUAAACAAAGAGAAUUUGUUGGUUCACCUAACUUCAGAGUCCAAACACUUAUUUGGCUUAGGCAUAGUUGGAUUAAGCUUCCAGUAAUGGUUCUCACAGCUCUGCCCUCCACAUGUUGACCUAAACCUCAAGCUGGAUUCCUCCACAUUGGCUGUACACCACACCAUCCAGUCACAGGGAAAAAGCUGCUCAUGGUUUUCAAAGUAAGGUUCUGACUUCACUCUAAUUGGUCUAACUUGGGUCAUGAGCCCACUCCUAGGAUUAUAUAUGUAUAGUGACUGGUUUAGACCAAUUAAGGGUAACUCCUGGAGCUGGGAGUGGGGUCAGUAACACCCAAAAUUCAUGACUACUACACACUAAGGCUAAAUGGAUACUACAGAGCAACCAACAACGUCCCCUCUGCUUAACAGUCCAGCCCACGCAAAAAUAGCCCCACAAAAGAGUAUUUGCAUUCUAUUGUAAAUGCAGUUACUUUAUUAAAAGCAAGAACCUUUAUAAAUAUUUUUAAAGUAUAUCUUUAAGUUUUAAUGUAUUGUCAUGAUCACUUUUGAUAUAAGUGCUCUAAUUCAUAAUACUGAGAUUUUAGGAAAUCAAGGGUCAAUUUGCAGCCAUCAUUCAGAAACUAACUCAUGAAUUGGCAUUGCUUUUUCCUGCAAAGUGUUAUCUUACAGCCUUGAGCUAUUCAGGAGCUGAAAAGGCCAUUUUCUAAGUGAAGUCUGGUUUUUGUUCAGCUUCAAAUUUUUUCAGAGAUAAUUUCUCAAGCUCUAUGGUGAUAAUAUACAGGAAAUGUCAAUCAUCGUCAAAAACUUAAUCCCAAUGUCCAAGUAAUAAAACGAGCCAGAAGCACAGGCUGGAGCAGAGAUAGAGAAGUCAGUGGAUAUGGGUUGGGGAUUGGGACCAGAUAAGGGUACAGCGAGAUCCCAGAAUCAAGGAUGUUCCAACUUUUCCAGAUUGUUUUAAUAUCUCAAGGUCCCAGUUCCAAACAAAUCAACAACAUUAACUUUGCUAUAUAUUGUUGAGAAUUUAUGCAUUUAGUAUCAUUUUUAGGUUAUACUGUCCAGUUAUAUAAGUAUGUCAUUCACACAUUUUAUUUAUUGAUUAACAAUAAGACACCACACAAGUUGUUAUUUUGAAAUCAGUAGUACUGCCAAGAACAAAGAGCCAACAGGGGCAGAGAAACCAUUUGUGCUCCAUUGUUUCUGAAUUUGGAAAAUUGGCUCUGAGACCAAACAUCACGUGCUCCAUUUGAGGGAUCAAGUCUGAAGAUUGUUGUCACAAAUUAGUAUGACUACCUGGUAUUCAGGAUUUUGAAAAAUCACUGCAUUGCAUAAUAGAAUAAUAAACUGCCCUAUAAUGCAGCCACUUGAAAAUAAACACAGAAGAGCAGGAACAUAAGUAACUUUACAACGAAUCAGAGGAACUGUUUGGGAGUUGGAAUGCUACAUACUGCAGAGGUUCAGAGUUUCCAAAAACUGUUCUAUGAGUGAUGAGGUACAGAUGCAUAAGUCAUGCAUGCAGAGAAGAGUUCUUUUAUAUUGCUAAGUCUGCAUUGUAUCCACAUGUAGCUGACUGAAAUGAACUGAACACAGACUAUUGAGUUUCCAAGGUUUCUUUCUAAAUUUCUGGAUUGUUUUAACUAUAAACUCCAAAGAUACAUACAUGGGUGAGCAAUGUGUUUUUUUGUUUUUUGAAGAUAUAAAAAUAUACUACACGGAAUGAUGGCUCUGGUUUUGCUCAUCCAUAUGAUAUAAAAUAAAAGUUGAUUAUGUUCAAAUUACAAUGGGGUAAUUAUUUCAUUCACUGUUUAAUAAUUGAUGUGUCUAUGUCACUGCAUUUGAAAAUUAAAAAUCUACUUUUGUGUUCUCUCAUUCUGGUCAAUUUUCAAUACAGCAAAUAUCUUUCGCAGCAAAUAAAUUUACCUUCUUAGGACCAAGUGCUAGUUUAAGGACUUCAAGUAAUUUGUUCUGAGGUAAUCAGUCUGUAAGUUUCUAAAAAUUUCUAAACCUUUUAUCCAAAUAUUACUGGAAGAAAUACCAUUUAUCUUUAUAAGUAAAAAGUUGUGAUCUACUUAUUUUAGAAAAUUAGUUACACGAAACUCAGGUCAACUGUAACCAGACUGGCAUAUUUAAACUUUUGAUCUCAGAAAUCAGAAUAUUACAAAAAUAAAAUAAGGAACUCUGUCAUUUCAGGUCAAAUUUGGGAGGAAACAGCUAAAAUCAUAGCUUGAUAACUAACACCAAUGAUUAAUUGCUUUUUCAAAUGUGGAUUAUCUUGGUGCCAAAAAUUAUGGAACAAUUGCCUAACAAAUUGGAGAGUCCCUGAUGUCAGUACUCAUAUUUUCUUUGGAUUAUACUAGGCAAUUAUGCUAAACUUUCUAAUGACUGAGUAAAAUGGUAUUGUGCCUUGGGGCACAUUUUGAUGAACUACAGUUGUACUUUUCAUAACCUAAGAGGCAUAUGCAUAAAGAAAUACAUUGUCAAGAACAGAGCUUUGUGACUUUUAUGUUAGGUUAUAGAGGGUUAUAAAUAUCUAUCAUAUAACUAUGAAUUUGCUUACCAUUACAAAGCAUAACAAACUACUUACCUUCCUGAAAAUUUAGUUUCUACAAGCUCAUCUGCAAAUAAAUGUUUUAUUUAAAUGAUUCAUUUUUGUUCCUAGAAUUUUCGACUUUAUACUCCAUGCUCGAUUUAUUAUUUGAAUAAACUUCAAUUUACUCUUUGCAUGAUUGACAACACUAAAUAAGUCCUUUAAAACAUGUAUGUAUUUAGCUUUAAUCUUUUACUUCAACUCAUAUGUAAUCCUUCUAUCAUUUCUUGCAUGUGUUUCUAAUAUAAUUGAGGCUAUUAAGAUUCUGCGCUUAAAUAAAGUAACAAAAAUUAGACUAAAUAAAAAACUAAUUUAUGAUCUUACGUAUGAGGGCAUACCGUGUUGAAUAAUUACAGUCAUCUGAAAAGUUCUAUACCUUCAGAGAAGUUAACUUGAUAUGCCACUGAUGUGAGAAUUAUACACAAAUACCACUUUCUAGGGGAGAUUAUUUUUAAACUUUCUAACUGGUCUUAAUAUUCAAGGUAAAACACUACAUUACUUAAAACUAAGGAACUGUGGCCUGUUGUAAUGGUAAUUUAUUUAGGCAGACAUCAACACCAUGGACUUCUAGUUAUCCCAAGAUCUAAAAAUAGUUUAUUAACAAGUGCUUUACCCUACUGUGGAAAACAGUAUGGAGAUUUCUCAGAAAGCUAAAAACAGAACUACCAGGACUUCCCCGGUGGUCCAGUGGUAGAGUCUGCCUUCCAAUACAGGGGACACGGGUGCAAUCCCUGGUCGGGGAACUAGGAUCCCACAUGCCACGGGGCAACUAAGCCCGCACACCACAACUUCUGAGCUUGCACGCCUCAACGAGAGAGCCCACAUGCUGCAAACUACAGGGUCCACAUGCCCCGGAGCACUCACGCCACAACUACAGAGAGAAAACCCACAUGCCUCAACAAAGAUCUUGCGUGCCACAACUAAGACCCAACACAGCCAAAAAAAAUAAAGAAAAUAAAUAAUAAAAAUAAAUAUAUUUUUAAAAAGAUAUAACUGAAAUGUAUUUUUUUAAAAAAAACAGGGCUUCCCUGGUGGUACACUGGUUAAGAAUGUGCCUGCCAAUGCAGGGGACGCAGGCUUGAGCCCUGGUCCGGGAAGAUCCCACAUGCCGUGGAGCAGAUAAGCCUGUGCGCCACAACUACUGAGCCUGCUAGAGCCCACGAGCCACAACUACUGAGCCCAUGCUCCGCAACAAAAGAAGCCACCACAAUGAGAAGCCCGCACACUGCAACGAAGAGUAGCCCCCGCUCGCCACAACUAGAGAAAGCCCACGCACAGCAACGAAGACCCAACACAGCCAAAAAUAAAUAAAUAAAUAUUUAA